AUGGACUGUGAAGAAACGCGAAGAAGAUGCAGGGGAGAGUUUGCGAAGGUAUUCUCGCAGCAGCUGGAGGAAACAGACAGUGAGAGGGCAAACUCCCUCGGGGAACUUCUAGAGGAGGAAGUAUUUAAAACUGCAAAAACAAAGCCAGAGUAUGGGACUCUCUUCAGAAGCAAGUAUCUAAACCUGAAGGACUCAGCGAAUAAGUGGCUCUGUACGUCCGUGUACAAUGGGGUUAUUGAUGCCUCCAGGUUCAUAGCAAUGUCCAGCGAGGAGAUGAAGAGCAAGGAAUUGAAGGAGUUAGAUGCAAAAAUAUUCCAGAGAGCCCUUCUGGACUCGACAGUCGCCCAACAGGAGGCUGAAACUGACAUAUUCUUCUGCACUCGCUGCAAGCAAAGAAAGUGCACGUAUAGACAGCUGCAAACAAGAAGUGCUGAUGAGCCUAUGACCACGUACGUUCACUGCGUAGUUUGUAAGAACAACUGGAAGUUCUGCUAG